AUGGACGGCAUACCUCUUCAAGUCUCCCCAUCCGAAGGCGAUGCAUCCAAGAAACUCUGGCAACUGAGGCCACCCGGCGAGGAGCCUGACUGGACAGGCGAGAAGUUCUUCCACAGCAAGAAUACAAAAGAGAUGCUGGAAAACUCAGUAAUUGGCGCCGGUUGCCAUUUGUGCACACAAGUCCGUUUCGAGAACAAUAUUGCGAGCGCUGGAGAUGAUCACAGGGUCAUGAUCGAAUGCAGCCGAUCGACAGCCUUGGAAGGUGAUGGAGGGGAUAUUCCAGUUGUCUCAUUUUCCGCUACAUCUUGCGCCGAGUGGGAUGAUAGUUGGGCCUCAUUGCCGGACCCUGUCAAAGAUGAAGAGCCUCAGGGUGAUCCAGAAACGAUCCCGUUGAUGACAUUCAAGCUCGAGCGGACCGAUGGUAGCGGAGGAGGACCGAAAUCUCUUUUGCCCCAGAGACUGCCAGAUGGGUCAAUAUUAACAACCAAGAAAAUUGAGGACUGGCAGAAAUCCGAAGAAGGAAUACCAACCGACGGUCUAACUCAGACAUUCCUCGAUGCCAUGCAAAUCACCCAGCAACUAGGCUACCGAUACAUCUGGAUCGACUCUCUCUGCAUCAUGCAGGACUCACCAGAGGACUGGAACCGGGAGGCCCAGACCAUGGCAGCCGUCUACGGUAACUCUCUCUUGACCAUCUUUGCUUCGGGGAUGGGCAUGGAGGGAGGCCAAGGUGCCACAGCCGACACUUGCUUCUCGGUCCGGAGUAGCCCUCUGGAAGUGUAUGCGCCCAUCAUCACGUCUCCUUUACCUUUUACGGAUGGCAAAAUGCCGGAUGUCAGGGCCCAAAGCCAGAAGGAGAAUGACAUCAAACCCGCGGAUUGCGGAGCAGCUUCGUUUUACGCCAUCCGCGAAAAGCGGUUGCUUUCGCCUCGCAUCAUUUACUACGGCGCCGACGAGCUCUACUGGGAAUGUCGACUCCAUGCGGUCUCGGAAAGUUGCCCGUUUGAAACUGCAUUGAAGGGCAAGGAUGCCGAAGCUUCUCAAUCCAUCUGGACCGCCAACGCUAAAUCCGUGUACAAGGACUUGGUACAAGUUGAUUCUUUACCUGCGAGCUUGGGAGACGCUGGCGUGGAUGUGAGCAAUGACAAGGAAGACGCGCAGCAUCUACUCGAACUCGCCGCCUGCUGGACGACUCUGCUCACAAUGGUCAACGUCAUAGCCGAAACCAAGGGGUGGACAUAUACCUUCGGGGGAAGCUGGAAGGAACUUUGGCCUUUUGACCUCCUCUGGGGCUAUUCCAGCGUUCUCAAUACCGAGAUGUUCAACCCAGGCCGGUAUCCCACAGCCGACAACAGCGAGGAAAAGCGCCGGCAAGAUCGCCUCGAGCUGGACGAGAAACUGUUAGCAAGAAAAUCCUACCCCGAGUCGCAACCCAGUACAAAAUUGGGCCUCCCCUCUUGGUCGUGGGCAGCUACGGAAGCAACCAAGGACUUCUGGUUCCAUAGCACUGCUGAGCCACCUGCUUGGAAGUGCCGGGUCAUUCUUUUGAGCGAGACUUCCUCUCCCGGCGGGCAGCAAGCUGGAAGUGAAAGUGGGAUCCUGGCACUGAAAAUGUACACCAAGCAGCUAUACGACAUGCCACCUAUUGACUUGACGCUGAUGUGGGACGACGACGAGAAUUUCUAUCUGAAAGAGGAGGUGUGUUGCUUGUUGGUGCUUGAUCACCUUACUAGGGGUGGGCGACGAGCGCUGCAGGUUGGGUUGAUGGUCGUUGAAGUGCAGAUGACUGAGGAUGCUCCGUCGUAUGAACUCAGUGAGGGCCGAAGACGUUGUUACUGUCGUCGGGUGGGAAAGUGGGAGAAUACCUGAGGCCCGCUGGCCAUUGAUAGGAGUAAAGAUGAGGAGAUGGUGGUGUAUUUGUGCUGAGCCGUUGUUAGUUCUCCGGCGUGCGAUCUGAACGACCAUCCGUCUUCUCGUCGCCAGCGCCAACAGGACUGUUGAUAAGCGGAUUCAGG